GGAGGACGCCGACCGGGCCGCGGGGGAGGGGACCGGCCGCAGCAUCUGGCUACACACCUGCUCCUGCUUAACCCUGUGCGUGCUGGGCGAGCUCGGUUGGCGGGGGCGAGCUAACCAAGACUCCAGCUGGGGGACACCUCCCUUGGGCCCUUGGCCAGGUUUGGAGAUCUCCAAGAAUAGGAGCAAAAGGGAUCCCUAUAAAGACAGAGCUUCCGAUGCGCCUAGCUGUGCCCUUGGCCCUGCGUUGGGACCCCGGUGGGACGCAGCAGGCUGUAGAACAAAUCCGAGUGGCCUUUGGGGGAGGUGAAGACUCCCUGGCGUCCUACGGCCGUUCUGGGAAACCGGCCUUCCGGAGGCGUUGUGGCGCCCAGGGCCAUGCCAGGCGGGGCAGCUCUGCACAGGGCACAGCCCAUCGCGCGGCGCGCUUCCCAGCUCGGCGCUGCAGAGGAAAGAUGGGUGAAUUCCAUCUUCAAUCCUGUGCCCAAGAUCCCACCCGUGGAGGACAUUUGGGACAAAGAAAAGGAAGAGGAGGAGGAGGAAGAGGAAGAGGAGGAGGAGGAGGACACCGUAGACCAAGAACAAGAGAAAGAAGAAGCAAACAGGAUCAAGGCCCUCCUCGGAGUACCCAAGCAGGACUCGGUGUGGGGCCUGAUGGCUUGGCCCAGGCACCCUCCAGAGCCAGCCUGGUGGUGGGAAGACUUUUCCCUGCCCCCACUCCGGGGACCCCGCCUCUGCCGGUGCAGACUGAGGACAAAGAUGAGGCUCCACCCCCUGCCUUCCCUGACCUCCUGCUCCACCUCCAAAACCUUGCCCUCACUGGCAACCAGAGAUGAGCCCAGCUGGCUAAGAAACCAGUCUCUGACGGAGCCUCCACCAGCUACCAGACUGAAGACCCCCAAGGCAAUGCAAAGGCUUCAUGCCAAGGUCUCCCCUAAGAGAUCUACUGUCCCCAAGUCCGGGCGACAGCAGACCCCGAUGUCAAUGUGGCCUCCAAUUAUUUUAAACCCUCCCUCCAAGAGCUCUGCUCUUAAGGGACAACACACGUCCUCUGCCAAGGAGGCCUCCCAUACCCCAGGCGCCUGGAACAAUCCCUUGCCUCACCUUCCUUCAAAAUAAAUAUUUUUGUUACACCAGCAA